UUAUAUUAUACUUUUUGACUAUUACAUAUUAUGCAGUGCAGAAUGAAGCGUUAGUAUGUACAGGUGCUAUGUAGCAUAUCGGCUUAUAUACUUUUUUGUUGUCGAGAUUAAAUAAUACUAAAGAAAAUAUUUAGUUGAUGAUAAACACCAAAAUGGUCAGUCUGGAUGAGAAUCUCAUCCGUAAUUUGACGAUAAAAUCUUCUACUCCCUUAGUAUUUAGAAAAUUUGUCAGUGACUGGCCUAUGUGUGGCUGGAGCCAGGAAAAGUGGAUAUCGGUAUUUGGUAACAGAGAAAUACCCUUUCGUUGUUUGACAAAAAAAUUUAUUAGUGAUGAACCAUGCUGGGAGAGACGGUGCCAUUUAAAGAAUUUGACGUGCAAGAGUUUUUUUGACUGUUUAACUACCAGUAAGGAAUGGAUGUAUUUUGACUACAAACAUCUUCAUCAGUGGCUCAAUUCAGAUAGUGAACUAUGUAAGGAAAUCACGUGGAAAAAGUUUGGAUAUCCUGAUAAAGGGGCCUCCGAAACUACUCUAUGGAUUGGCAACAAAGGUGCUCAUACUCCAGCCCAUCGCGAUACUUACGGCUACAACAUUGUGGCACAAGUACAUGGAAAGAAGCGAUGGAUUCUGUUUCCACCUGAAACUUGUGGUCUCAAACCAACACGGGUGCCAUAUGAAGAGUCCAGUGUUUAUAGUGAAUUAAAUUUCUACUGUCCUAGUAAUUUAGACGUUUUUAAAGGUCUAACAGGUGGUCGUAUGGUUGAAUUAUCGGCAGGUGAUGCUCUACUUGUGCCAAGGGGCUGGUGGCAUUAUGUACAAAAUAUUGAUAACUUAAAUAUUACUUUGAACACCUGGUUGCCACAUGAGAAAGACAAUUCAACUCGGGUAUCAGAAGCUCUAAUUAAGAUACUAGUAGCUCAGAUAUGCAAGGAUCUACCACAGGAAACUGCUAGACUGCUGGUCAAUCCCAAUGAGGAUGAUAUAUCGGACACGCCUCUGGCAGUAUUAUUUCUGCAACUGGAAACAGUGGUAAAUACGUAUUUGGAUAAGAAGCGAAAAUCCCGCCGAUUGAAACGUCAGCGGACGCACGAUGACUCUCAUGACUCCAAUGUAGAAGAGGCAGAUCUCAAACAUUUAUUAGAUAAUCAUAGUAAUAACAUUGAAAUCGUUCCCGCUAUAACGAACGAUGAUCUCAUCGAAAUAAUAAAAGAUAAUUUAAAGGAAUACGCCGGUGAUGAUAGAGCGCAUGACGAGGAUGAGGUAGAGGGCGCCACAAGCAGUCUUUGUUUAACAAAGGCUGUUAUAAAUGCGUUCAGUCAAAGCAACGUUAUUGAUCUCGUUAAGCAAAACCUAUUUGUGAAGUUAAGUUAAAAUUGAUUGUUUUUAAUUGGAAAAUAAAAUUGCAAUGCAAUAUAAUUUAAUCUUGCAAUACUGAUUUUAUUGUUAUAAAUUUAGUGCUUUUAGUUUUAGUUUUUAGUGCAUUAAUAUAUAAAAAUAUAUUAAAAUUAAUAAAGAAUACGAUUGAAAAAUUACUAUUUAUGUUGACUAUGAUAGUUUAGUAUGUUUAAUUACAUUUACUUUAAUCUGUAUAAA